AUGAAGAUUGCUAUAGAAGGAUGCUGCCAUGGUCAGCUGGAUGAUAUUUACGGAUCAAUUCGCCUCGUAGAGCAACGAGAAAACUGCAAAAUCGAUCUCGUGUUGAUAUGUGGUGAUUUUCAAUCGCUUCGAAAUGAAGCAGAUACUGAGUGCAUGGCUGUACCAGACAAAUACAAAGAAUUAGGGACAUUUUGGAAGUACUAUUCAGGCAGAGUACUAGCACCCUAUCCUACUAUAUUCAUCGGUGGCAAUCACGAAGCAAGCAACUACUUGUGGGAGCUGUAUCAUGGUGGUUGGGUGUGUGAUAACAUCUACUACCUUGGUCAUGCCGGUGUGAUUAAUUUCGGUGGUUUGAGAAUUGGUGGUAUAUCAGGCAUUGCCAAAGAGAGUCAUUACAAGAAUGGUCAUUACGAGACAUCGCCUUACAAUCGAUCCGAUGUUCGCAGUGUAUAUCAUGUCAGAGAAUACGACGUCAACAAACUGCUUCAAGUUCAACAGCCAUUGGACAUAUUCUUGUCGCAUGAUUGGCCUCGAGGUAUCGAGCGAUAUGGCAAUUUGGGGCAUUUGAUGAACAUCAAAAAGUACUUUGUACAGGAGAUCCUGACCAAUACCCUUGGAAGUCAUCCGAACGAAUUGCUAAUGACAAAACUACAGCCUUCCUACUGGUUUUCAGCUCAUUUGCAUGUACAUUACGCUGCUAUUGUAGAUCACACCAUGUGGAAGAAUGGCACUUAUCCUCCAAAAACACAAGAAAUCCUGAAUGGAAAUAGACAGAUGCCGAGACAGGAGCAUCCCAAUCCAGAUGAGAUUGAAGUGCCUCUCAGUGAUGACGAUGAAACAGAACAAGCUGAUCCCCCCGUGGAGCCCUCCAAAACCACCAAAUUCUUGAGUCUGGAUAAAUGCCUGCCCAGACGCCAAUUCUUGCAGAUCAUAGACGUUCCAUCACCUAACGAUUCUACAGGCGAUUACGACUUUUACUAUGAUAUGGAAUGGCUAUCCAUUACAAGAGCCAUGCACCCUUACUUGAGCACAGUUCAUCAACAAGCGACACUGCCAUACGACGACGAAUUGAAAGCCAAGAUUGACAGAGAACGCACCUAUUUAGAAGGUAAAGCAGCAUCAGGAACUCUUGAUUUAAAAAUACCUCAUAAUUUUGAGCCAACUGCACCUGCUUAUGAUCCUAGCAGGCCAUACGAUCGUCAAUUUAUCAUGGACAACCAACGACCCUUUUUGAACCCUCAAACACUGCAAUUUUGCAAAGAAAUUGAUAUUGACAACAAGAUUAAUCCAAAUUGCCGUCAAAAGGCGGAAGAGCAGCAACAACCUGCUUCUCUCAACCACAGUGCAAGCGAGUUUGUGCCUGGCACUGGCAGCAAUGCCAUUCAAGUGAAUGCCACCUUUAUCGACAGCGACCUGCAGCCAACUAAACGUAUGAAGACAGAAGAGAUAGAAUCUGAAAUCGUCAUUGAUGAGGACGAGUUUUUGUAA